GAUGAUGUCGAGAGCAGUCAAAUCAACUCGACAACACCUCUUUCAGCAGCCGGUGGAGCUCUCCCUACAUCGAGACACAAGCACGGCAUAGCAUACCACGUAGCAAUCCUGCUACUAGGAUUCUUGGCGAUUUCCUUGAGCAGCAUCGUCUUACCCAGUGCAUCCUCAUCGAUCGCCGAAGGAAGCAGCAUCUCGGAAGUCCUCUUCGGCGUCGCAUUUCCCUCCAUCGUGAUAACACCACCAGAGGAGUUCAUCGCUGUCAUGAGUGAGACUCGCAAUGGGUCUGGUAUCUUGGUUGUGAAUACUGUUGGAAGCAACAUUUUCUUGCUCACUUUGUGC